AUGGCAGGAGGUAGGAAUGAUCGUGCAAUCGCUGAUGCUCUACAAGUGAUGGCUCAGGCUCUUGUUGAAAAGAUAUUCCAAGAUAUGGGAUGUCCUUUGAUACAGAAGGUGACUUUGGCUGCCUUCAUGCUUUCUAGAGAGGCUGGCAUCUGGUGGCAAGGUGCUUUGCAAAGAAUGAUAGUUGUGGAAUUCCUUGAGUUGAAGCAAGGAGAAAAGUCUGUGGCUGAGUAUAUUACUAAGUUUGAAGACCUGGUUAGAUUUUGUCCCAUGUAUGAUGGUGUGGGCAAUGAGGAGGACAAAUGUGUGAAGUUUGUCAGUGGUCUUCGCCCUGAGAUUAAACAAGUUUUCAAUUAUCAAGGGAUCACUCACUAUCAUGAAUUGGUAAACAAGUGUCGAGUAUAUGAUGAGAACAACCGUGCUAGGGUAACUCAUUAUAAAAGUGGAGGACCCAUGAGGAAUAAUAAGUUUGGUUCAUCUAGUAAGAGUAAACCUUACACCAAGUCUGCUGAGGACUCAAGUUCUAAGAUGAAUAAUCAAGGUUCUGUCCAACAAAGGAGCCAAGUUCCAACGGCUAGCCAAACUUUUAGAGGGGGAAGUGUGGGUUCUGUUCCACACAACAACUGCUACAACUGUGGGAAGCCAGGUCAUAGGGCAUAUGAGUGUCUGUUUCCUAGAGUAAUAACAUGCUUCAAUUGUCAAGAGAAGGGACACAGAGCUCGUGAUUGCCCGAAGAACAAGAUAACAGAG